AUGCCCUUUAUUUGACCAAGAGGGAUGUCAUUUCCGAAGGUACUGAGAGAGCCACAUUUAACGUGAACAACAUUGUUCUUGUCAGCCCGGCCCCGGGUUGCCUUCGAGCUCUCAUGAAGAUGCUGUACUGCCCAUAUUGCCGGGGCCUUCCCACCGUGAGACCCUGUAACAACUACUGCCUGAAUGUCAUGAAGGGCUGCCUGGCCAAUCAGGCUGAUCUGGACACGGAAUGGAAUCUGUUUAUAGAUGCAAUGCUCUUGGUGGCAGAGCGACUGGAAGGACCAUUCAACAUUGAGUCUGUCAUGGACCCAAUAGAUGUCAAGAUCUCUGAAGCCAUUAUGAACAUGCAGGAAAACAGCAUGCAGGUGUCUGCAAAGGUCUUUCAGGGAUGCGGUCAACCCAAACCUGCUCCAGCCCUCAGAUCUGCUCGCUCAGCUCCUGAAAAUUUUAAUACGAGGUUCAGGCCUUACAAUCCCGAGGAGAGACCAACAACCGCUGCAGGCACGAGCUUGGACCGGCUGGUCACAGACAUAAAAGAGAAACUGAAGCUCUCUAAAAAGGUCUGGUCGGCGCUGCCCUACACCAUCUGCAAAGAUGAGAGCAUGACGGCGGGCACGUCCAAUGAAGAGGAGUGCUGGAAUGGCCACAGCAAAGCCAGAUACUUGCCUGAGAUCAUGAAUGACGGGCUGACCAACCAGAUUAACAACCCUGAAGUGGACGUGGACAUCACACGGCCCGACACUUUCAUCAGGCAGCAGAUCAUGGCUCUACGUGUGAUGACCAACAAACUAAAGAACGCAUACAAUGGCAAUGAUGUCAACUUCCAGGACACGAGCGACGAAUCCAGCGGCUCGGGGAGCGGCAGCGGGUGCAUGGAUGACGUGUGUCCCACGGAGUUUGAGUUUGUCACCACAGAGGCCCCCGCCGUGGACCCCGACCGGAGAGAAGUAGACUCUUCCGCAGCCCGGCUCGGCCACUCCCUGCUCUCAGGGUCUCUCGUCUGCAUGCUCCUGGCACUGCAGAGACUGUGCAGAUAAUCCUGGGUUUUUGGUCAAAUGAAACUGCAUUUUAGCUAUCUGAACGGCCAACUCCCUUCUUUUCUUACACUCUUGGACAAUGGACCAUGCCACAAAACUUAACCGUUUUCUAGGAGAAGAGAGCAAGACUGCAGUCCUGCUCUGCCUCCCUUUCUGUUUGCCCAAAGAGUACCGGGUGCCAGACUGGACUGCUUCCUCUUUCCUUCAGCUAUCUGUGGGGACCUUGUUUAUUCUAGAGAAUUCUUACUCAGAUCUUUCGUACCAGGAGAUUUUCUUACCUUCAUUUGCUUUUAUGCUGCAGAAGUAAAGGAAUCUCACGUUGUGAGCUUUUUUUCUCCCGUUAAAAAAAAAAGGCAGGAAGAAAAUAAUUUUCCUUGCAAAAUCAGGCCAAAUCCCAAGACAACUGCAUUUUCAACAAAGGAGCAAACAAGAGAGAAAAAUAAAAGAGCUUUAACAUUGUGAGGUCGGCGUUGCCAGCCGACUCCCAGUGUAAGCUUCUCUGUGAUAAAUCGGGUUUGCAAAAAUGCUUUGGGAGAGAAAGUUUGACUUUUUCUUUAAUGUGGUGAAAAUACAGUGUUGUCUUGGAGUUACCAUCUUGCACUCUGUCCACAGAAUACCAAACUGAUUUGGGGGUACUGAUACUAAAUUUAGAAUUCCAUCUUUAAUAUGAGAGCAAAAUUGCCACGACCCAGCACCUCUCUCUCACCUUGCCCAAUUUCAAUUUCAGCGAUGGCACCAUUUUCCUUAAUUCUCUUAACGUCUGUCCACUGUAUCCAAUUGGCACAGAUUUUUGUCUUCAUCUCCAGUGACUAGUGGAUGCUCCCACCGAUUCAUCCUCCCCAACCGUCUCAACUGAAAAUAAUCUUCAGUGAUACAAACAGCUUUGCUUUAGCCACAGGUUUGACAUUAAUUCGAUGUUUCUGCCCCUGUGCUCAUUACGCUCCUCAAAUAAGAGUUCUUUUCAUGAACUUACAAGCAAUUAGAUCCAAUUGUGAGUGAGUGUUCAUUUUUAAGUCUUUGCUUUGUGGCAAUUGGUUUCUGCAUCACAAGGGCAUUCUCUUACAAAAUAACUCACAACAACAAAAAAAGUCAAGACAAAAAAAUAUAUAUAUAGUAUUGACAUGGAGAUUUCUUUCACUUUUUUAGUCUUAGUAUGAUCAUCUAUUUUUAUAUCUCUAUAUAUAUAAAUCACAGAUUUUAACUUCUUAAUUCCAAGCUCAGGGUUGACACACCUUUGUAACGAAAAUGUUUUGUCAACCAGCUCUUCUUGUUCUGUGCUGCUCAGAGAAGGGAUUCCUCAGCGGUCUGUGAGCACCGAGAAUCAAGAAAGAGAACUUUUUACGUAUCUAACUGUCCGUUUAUUAAAAGUUUGCCAGGGCACACCCUUUUUGCAUGAGCGUGCUUUGUUCUGGGUGCUCCCAACGGUACCGAGCUCAUGGGGAGAGCCAUGGGGUUCAGGACUGUACCGGUGAUGAAAACCGUAUCCGUAAAGAAUGUGGGAUACACGCAAAAUCGUUGCUCUCGCGUACGCCUUCAGCCUAGGAUUCCGCUUGGCGCUUGGAUAUGUGACCUAACUCAAGAGGCCACUUUAGAGCCACAAGCCUAACUGACCCACCAAGUGUACCAAAGCCAGGCCCUAUGUUCCCCAUGUUAGAGAGAAGUGAAAUAAACCAAACUGGGGCUUUAUUAAUACAGUUGGCUAUCCAUGUGUUUCUUGGUUUGUAUGAUGAUCUGGGGUUGGGAAAAGUAAUGCUUCAAGACACCGUAGUAUGCCGGUCACAUUUUAUUUAACCCAUUGACAGAAAUGGCACGUAAAUGGUAUCUUUCGAUCUUCGCUCUCAUCAAAAUUAUAAUUAGUUAUUGAUUUAGUCGUCACAUUUAAGUAGAACACAUGCGGCACAGUAGUAUUAAGUAUAUUUGAGCACUUUUGCAAAACUGAAAAGCAUUUAGAAGCAUCUAUUGCUAUUUUAUGCCUACUGAAAUAUGAAAAGUAGGAUUCUGAGAGACUUUGUGGCAUCUUUUCAUUUAAACCUUUAUGAAAUUAACACUUACUCUAAUUCAGCAUUGCGCACUUCUAGAAAACCAUCCAUUUCACUGCCAACCUUCAGCUUCCUAUCACCAGUUGCACAGAAAACAUCGCUAUGAAGGACCAAUCAUUUAUGUUGCUCAUUCCAUCAUAUGUUCAGAAAUCAGUUCUUGUCUUUCUCCAAUAAUUAAGGUGCAAUACAAAUUAAAUCAGUCUUGAUUUUCCAGACUAUAUGAGUAAUAACUUGUUUUUAUGGCUUUAAACUCCAAGUCUUUCCUUUUUUAAAUAUUUCUGCAUUGUCUUCUAUGAAAUAGAUCAGAAUGCCUUGUUUGCUCUGUGCUUUCACCCCCGAAAGGUUUUGUGCAUGUGUAUGAACACACAUUAUAUUAAUGAAUGUGAACCCAUCUUCUGUACACACGAAACACACAGAUAAUAUAUAAACGCCUGCUCCCUUUGUUUCAACACCUUCAUAUCGAUAUUACCCAUAUUGGUGAGCUAUAGUAAUCCAUAAGAGCCAGGCAGAGAGCUGAAAUGACUGUCAGUUAAUGAUGCCACAACAUCAGUCACUUGCAUGGAUGUGGUCGAAAUAUUCCUCAAAUUGCACUUCCUAGUUCCUAUCACCAUCCGAGUAUGUUGUAUGAUUUUUCAGACUAAUUUAACAUGAGACUUUUUCUGUCCUAAGGGAAUUGGUUUAAUCUGGCUAUCCCAUUUCAGUAAGUAUUUUGACAUUCCUGCUCGCCCUCCCCCACCCUCCGCCCAAAUUACUUUCUCUCAUCUCAAUGCAGUGAUAGGGGAUGAAAGAAUGCUCUCCCAAUCUGCCCUCAUUUGCUCUGAUGUCUCCUAAAUUCUGUAAUCACAUCACAACCUCUGUUAUGAGUAGGGAGGGAUGGGCUCACUGAAAUCAGACACUAGAAAUUGUUGGGUGAUGCUCAUAACCGCAAACACUUAGCUUAUUGAAGUGCCUCUAUUUACAUGUUCUUUAGUUAUAAUAUGUAUUUUUCUAACAGAAAUACACGUCUGUAAUUGGUGUAUAUUAUACUUUGUAUAUGUUAUAACAAAAGCUAAACAGAGGCUAAAGUCUUUAGCAGAGAAGAAUGAAUUGUAAAUUCACCAAGUAGAGCUCCGCAUAGGGUUCUGUAUUGAAGGACAGCCAUGACAGUCUUCUGUCACUUUCAUGGAGGUCAAGUCAGUACUUUGAUUACAGCCGUCAUAGAACAGUGUCAGCACUGGCAACUGGACUCCCUUACGGUGAUCUAUCCCGAUAAGUGACCGCUAUUACCCGCUUUCCUUGUAAGGGGCAGAAAAUACUACUUUGUCUACAUUGAAAAACGCUAUGAAGUAGUAAUUAUAAAAGUACCAUUCUAUAAAUCAAACACAUUGAAAAUAUUAUUGGACACAGAACCCUGAUAUUUAAUUUAUAUUCCCUGCUGUAGACAUUAGCCUACUUUAAUUCUUUAGCCAUUACACACAUGUUUUGGCUACACACUGAACACCAACUAAAGUCCCCAAGGAGGAAUAAAAACUUGGCAAAUUCCUGAGUUGUGAUUCUUUUAUUGCUUCUCUUUGCAAGGCUAAUUAUCAGGUGGUCUGAUUAAAGGCGGCAGUGUUAGCAAAUGUAACACUUUUUGACUUACCCAAAACUUGCAGAAAUACAAACUCAUUCUUAAUUACUUACAGUCACUAAUAGACCUGACUUUUAACUUAAAAGAGGGUGGGGGUGGAGCGCAGUCUAGCUUUGCCAAGAGAAGAGUAAAGGAGACCAUAACCCAUAUGUUUGCGACGUGUUUCUCCUAGGUGGAGACAUUAGCCAGUGUUUAGUUUCAGGCCAAGUUAUACAAGUAGAGUAUUGAUUUGUAUGCAUUCUGGAGCCUUGCUACAUCACGGUUUGCUAGGCAUGGGACUCAGCCUAGCCUGGGGCCAUUUGAACCUCAUUCAAAGUUGAAUAGUUCCUACAAUCUUUGACAUUGCCUUGUAAUGAGGUACUUUCACGAGAAGACAUCUGAAGGUGCAUGACAGUGAGGUCUCUGUGUGCAUAUGCAUAAUAUAUGCAGGACAAAUGUGUGCACCAAUCAAACCUAAAAUUUUAUGUGACUGUCAAAUGAAUAUUACUUGGGUUAAGAUUUUUCAUUUCUGAUUUGGAUAGAAAAUUACUAUUAAUCUUGUAUUAAAAUAGUUUUUAAAAAUCUA